AUGACCAGUACAACUGAACGCCAAACAUUGCCUACUAAUGUGAAGCCGUUUCAUUAUAACUUAAUCUUAACGCCUAAUUUGGAAGAUUUUACCUUUAAAGGAAGCGAAGAUAUAAACCUAAAUAUCAAUGAAACUACAAAGCAUACAACAUUAAAUGUUCAUGAAAUUGAAGUUCAAGCUGCUAAGCUCAAUAGUAUCGAUGCAUCAGAUGUAUCUUAUAAUAAUGACAAGCAGACUGUGACUUUUACUUUUCCGAGCGAAGUGCAAGCUGGCACAUCAGCUGUUUUGCACAUCGACUUUACAGGAACUCUAAAUGAUAUGAUGUGUGGUUUUUAUCGUAGUUCUUACACCGAUUCUACAGGGAAUAAAAAAUAUUUAGCUACUACCCAAUUUUCGGCUACUGAUGCCCGUCGUGCUUUUCCUUGUUGGGAUGAACCAGCAAUCAAAGCUACUUUUGAUAUUACUUUGAUUGUCCCUUCUGGUCUUGUGGCUUUGAGUAAUAUGGAUGUAAUUUGUGAAAAAUCAGUUGAAAAUAACAAAAAAGAAGUGAAAUUCGCAACGACACCGAUCAUGAGUACUUAUCUUGUGGCAUUCAUCGCUGGAGAUUUGGCUUACAUUGAGAAAUAUACAGCUGGUGAAUGUAAUGAUAAAAAACCAGUACUUAUCCGAGUUUAUGCAAAUAAAGGGUCAGAGAAUCAAGGAGAGUUCGCAUUGGAUGUUGCGACUAAAACGCUCGACUAUUUUGCUCGAAUCUUUGAAAUUCCAUAUCCUUUGCCGAAAUUAGAUAUGGUAGCGAUUUCUGAUUUCAAAUUUGGUGCUAUGGAGAAUUGGGGUCUUGUCACGUUUCGUACAGCCGCAAUUCUUUUUGACUCAAAGGCAUCUGACGCGCAAUAUAAACAACAGAUAGCCUAUAUUGUUGGCCACGAAUUAGCUCAUCAAUGGUUUGGAAAUCUCGUCACGAUGGAAUGGUGGGAUCAUCUCUGGCUUAAGGAAGGAUUUGCUACUUGGGUUGGUUAUUUGGCAGUUGAUGAAAUUUUCCCAGAUUGGGAUAUUUGGACACAGUAUGUAGCUGAUGAUUUUCAACGUGGUCUCCAACUCGAUUCCCUUCGUUCAUCACAUCCUAUCGAAGUCACUGUAAAUGAUCCCAGUGAAAUUUUUCAAAUUUUCGAUGCUAUAAGUUAUCAGAAGGGCGCUUCUGUUAUUCGAAUGUUAAGUUCUUAUCUGGGUGUAGAUGUUCUCUUGGCUGGUAUACGAAGAUAUUUGAAUGCUCACUCGUAUGGAAAUGCGAGUACGGAUGAUUUAUGGGUAAAUUUAUCGGAUGAGAGUGGACACGAUGUUGGUGAAUUUAUGGCUGGAUGGACGAGAAAAAUUGGGUAUCCAGUGCUCAAUGUUACUGAACCUCAGCAAAAUAUUAUACACAUCAAACAAACUCGAUUUCUUUCUACCGGCGAUGUUACCCCAAAAGAUGACACUCAUAUUUGGUGGAUACCUCUUGGUAUUAGUACAGAAAAAUCUACACCUGCCAAUAUUGAAUCCCAACUACUUACAGUAAAAGAAGCUGAUUUCACACUUUCACAAGCCGAGGGAGAUUUCUUCAAGUUGAACACACAUGAAGUUGGAGUAUUUCGAGUCAAUUAUACACCUGAACGAUUAGAAAAGUUGGGAAAAUCAAUCAGGAAUGGCGAAUUAACGGAUACAAGUGAUCGUGUGGGUAUAAUUGCCGAUGCAGGCGCAUUAGCAAUGAGUGGAUAUGGGAAAACUAGUGGAGUCUUGAGCUUGUUGACUGAAUUCGAAAAUGAGGACAAAUACAUUGUGUGGCUCGAAAUUAAUUCUCGUGUUACGAAUAUUGCCUCCGUAUGGUUUGAACAACCCGAGGCUGUUUACCAGGGACUCUUGUCAUUCCAACGAAAAUUAUUUUCGAAAUUGGCACACAAAUUAGGUUGGAAAUAUCCUGAAAAUGAAGAUUAUCUGACUACAAUGUUAAGAACUUUGGCUAUUAAGGUUACCGGCAGGGCUGGAGAUCCAGAAAUUGUUGAAGAAGCUAAGCGUCGCUUUGAACUUUUCACUGAGAAAAAUGAUCAAUCGGUUUUGCAUCCUAAUAUACGAGGAGCAGUCUAUGAGAUUGUUUUAACACAUGGUGGCGGUGAAAAAGAAUUCGAAGCAAUAUUAAACAUUUUCCGAAAUAGUCCAACAGCUGAUCAACAACUUGUCGCGUUAACCGCUCUUGGCUAUGCGCAACAACCUGAAUUGAUACAACGUGCAUUGGACUUUUCCAUCUCUCCGGAAGUUCGUAAUCAAGAUAUUAUUUAUUCUUUUAUAAGCUUGAAAUCUAAUCGUAAAUCAAGAAAGCCAUUGUGGGAUUUCAUUAAAAAAAAUUGGGAUUUGCUCCAAGGUCGAUAUGCAAAAUCACUUAAUCUGCUCGGAUCCGUUAUCAAGCAUGGGACAGACUCGUUCGCAUCAGAUGAAGCAGCAAUUGACGUAGAGAAAUUCUUUGCUGAUAAAGAUACCAAGAGUUUUGCACGACCGCUGCAACAAAGUUUGGAAAGUAUUCGUACGAAUACCGCGUGGUUGAAGCGUGAUGUUAAAGAUGUUGAGGAAUGGUUGGUGACUAACGUCUAUAUGAAUUGA